CAGUCGAUGUUAUGGCGUAACGUGCAUGGAAAAGGAGAAACAGCAUCUGACGACGAAAGCUUUAACAUAAUUUUGGUCGUCGAUGAUCAGUAUUUGUGGCUGUGGAGCAUUCGUAACCAGUUAACAAAAUAUAGCGUUGCAAGCGUUUUCUCCAAAUUUCAAGUAUUUGAAGGAAUAUUUAGACCGUUAAAAAAUGGAUGAACCUGAUAUUCCAAUGUUGGAUGUGGGUGACUUUGAGGUUUUGGAUGAGUGUGUUGGUGAAGAUGAAAAUGAAGAUCAAGAUCAAGACCAAGACCGAAGUUAUGAAGGUUCUGAAGUAGAAGAAUACGAUGAAAAUGAAGAUAAUAAUGAGAGUCGUAAACAAAGACUAGAAAGUAUCUCGGACAGAGAUAGAGAUGAUAUAAAUAUAGAUGAAAAUAGUGGAGAUAAUGGGGAUAAUAUUUUAGAUGUUUCCAUAGAUGUUGCAGAAAAUGAAUUUUUGGAGAGUGUUGCCAAAGACUUUUCUGAAAAUAUGGAAGAUGACAUAGAAGAACAUCCACGCAAGUCAAAGUUAAUCAAUAAAAAGAAUGAACCAACAGUUCAAAUUAAAAAAAUGCUUAUUAAUUUAGAAAAGGCUGCAGAUGAUGCAGAUGCUAUAACACCAAGAAAAAAGCCAGGACCAAGAUCUAAGACAAUGAAUAUUCAAAUUCCAUCUAUUAAAAAGUCAGUACAAAAAAUUGAUUAUUCUGACAAGGAAAAGAAUGAUGAAACUGCGCAAGAAGAUGAUAAUAUGCUAAGUCCAAUUUCUCAAAAGCAGAAAGAAAGAAGCGAGCAAAUUAGUCAAAGUAAGACACCGGCAUUCUUAAAAAACGAUUUGACUGAUGAAGAAAUCAUGAUACAUUUUGAUGAAAUUGAAAGCACUGAUGUAACUUCCGACAAUUUUAUAAUUAAAAAUGAAAUUGAGGAUAUAGAUAAAGAUGAACUUAAAGAUGAAAAAAAAAGUGAAAACACGGAAGAUACCGAAGACAUUGAAGAUAAUGAAGAGAUGGAAGACAACGAAGACAAUGAAGACAAUGAAUUUAACGAAGAUAAUGAAGAUAAUGAAGAUGAAAAUUGGGAUGAUAGUGACAGUAAUAUAAAAUUACCAAAAUUGAAAAUUGACGAAGAAGAAUUUAAAGAAAGUGAAAUGUGGUAUAAAGAAAAAAUUAAGGCUAAAGAAAACUCAGUUGAAGAAAGAUUUACAAAGUUAGCUAAAAUUAUUCAAUAUUCAUAUCCAUUGUACAAAAAAUGGUUAGAUAGGAAUGAAUCAUUAUAUGGAACAGCAAUAUGUAAAAUGGAAUCUUCGAAACAUAGUCCUUUAGAUCAAUUACAUCCAAAUCGUUGGAAAUUUAUAUGCAACAAAAAGCAUAAUCAACAGUCUUCAAAGGAGGAGGAAAAAGAAGCUGACAAUUCAUCUGAUAACAAGAAUGUUCAGACAAGCUGGCAAAUGAUUCCUGGUGUUCCAGAUGCUAAUUUGGAAAAUACUGAAGAAUACCCACCUUUUGUAAUGCGCGUUGUAAAGGUAUUUGAAGAAUUCCUUCAGUCGUUAGAACAAUUACAGAAUGAUGAAGAAAUCAAGGAAAUACAAGAAGAAAAAUCUGAAGAUAAAGUUGAAAAGGAAAGUGAAUUGGAAGAAAAAGAAAAAAGCGAUAUUAAUGAUAUAAAUGAUACUAAUGAUAUCAAUGAUAUCAGCAAUAUUAAUGAUGUCAAUGAUAUGAAUGAUAUCAAUGAUAUUAAUGAUAUCAAUGAUAUAAAUGAUAUUCAUGAUGUCAAUGACAAAUUGGAAGUCGAUAAUGAUAAGUCGAAUGAAAAUCAAAAUUCAUUUAUUAAAAAUCUUGAUGGAUUGACAAUACUACUUCGUUGUAAUCGCAGAGAGGAGUUAAUGAUGCAUAUUACUGGAAAAAAUAUUAGUACUGAAUUAAUGGAUAAAAUUAAAGAUCUCUUUGAAAAUGGACCAGGAAAAGAUUGCAAUGUAAAAUCUCUUUAUUGUAAAACUAUCAUAAAAGAAAAUAAUGUCAUCAAAACAAACAAUACUUUUUUAUUGGGUUCCGAGACCCUUGAUGAUACAAUUGGUUCAGUAAAAGUUCAAUUAGCACCAAAAACAAAUGUCUGGGCUAAUUUAGCAGGUGUUGAAGUUUUGACAGAUGUUGUUGCGGAUUAUUUAGUUCCUACUAAGAAAACCACUGUAAUAGAAAUUGGUUGCGGCACAGGACUUACAAGUCUAUUACUAGCUUCUAAAUGUCAUAAGGUUAUUGGACUAGAUAUACAGAAAGAAAUAGUAGAAGCAGAAAUUACUUGUGAAUUAAAUGGAAUUAAAAAUGCUACAUUUGUAACCGGUAAACCCAAAAUCGUUAUGAGUCAAAUUGAAAAGUCCCUUUCUAAUUCCAAAGCAGUAGCAGUCAUAAAUACUAAUAAUACUUUUGGUCGAUCUCUUGAAGUUAUAUCUGCACUGAGAAAAAUGAGUGCACUUGGCCGAAUAGUGAUCAUAACUACUUUAACCAAACAAGCUAUCCGAUCAAUCCUAGAAUUAACUCAACCAGCUGAUGACGUAUAUGGGAAUCCGUUCAUACCUGUUAAAGCCUGUAUUGUGGAUACUACGCCAAAGGGAUAUGGAUUUGAAAUAGUGAUGACAAUGGAACGUAGAACAAUGCGCAAUCUUUUAAAAAUAUCACCUAUGGAAAACAUAAAUAAUAGUCCUAUUGGAUUAAUUAGCAAAUCAAAACAAGCCGCAGCCCUUAAAUAUAACUCUGGAAUAGUCACAAUUCCACCAUACAAAAAAAAUUUACCAUUGAAAUUCAUGAAAAGUUUUAAAGCCAAAACUACUUUUAUUCCGGGAAAGAAAUUCUUUCCUAAUCCCAGUUUUAAUCCAAUGAGUAAAUUUCAAGGUAAAAGGCCAUUCCCUGGCAAUGAUUCUGGAACGUACCAUCCUGGGCCAAAGAAAUUCAAACCGUAUGAUAAGCCCUGGUUAGGAUCAAACAUUCGUACUAAUCCGAUGCAUGAUAAAAAAUUACGUGACAUGGAUCAUGGUGACCUACGAGAAAAACUUUCUGGUAAUCGCGUUGAACCGACUGUUAUAGCGCAAGAGGUACAAGAGCAAAAGAAGCUUCUCGAUGCUGCUAAAGAGAAACUUACAGGUGUAGUAGGUACUUCGGUUGACGUUGAAACAGUGAAAAAGCUGCAAGAAAUGUUAAAUCUCGCAAUAGAAAAGACAAACAAAUUGCAAAGUCAAUUACCACCUCGAUCCGUGUGGGAUCGAAUAGCACCACCUGAGAGUGGGAUGGAUGACGACCAAUUUAAAACCAAUCCAAUGAGAGGACGUCUCGUGAAAGAAACUGGGCCUAAAGAAAUUAUAAUUACAACGUCUAAUAAUAGAGAGUUCGAAGGACCAUCCUCAGCUCCAGUUAAAAGUAAAAAAUAUGACAAUAUGCAACAAUUAGAAUCGAAUUUAAUUAUCCCAAUGAAUAAUAAAUCAGACCGUCUGAAGAUGUCGCAGUCAAUGCAUCAGAAGCCAAAUAGUAUACAUUGUCAAAAGACUGGUCCAAAUCGUUUUCAAGGAGGAAAUUAUCGUAAACAGGACAAUCAAGGAUCAGAACACUGGACCCGAAAUAAACAAUCACUUUAUGGAUCAAACGACUCCCAAGAUAGAUGGAGUCGAUCUAGUCCACCUCGACGAUCGCCUCCUUCACGAAUGAUGUUGCGAUCACCUCCUCGGCAAUCAUCUCCUCCACGUCGACCUAUUUCACCAACUCGACGACCCCUCUCCCCUCAAAGAAAAACUUCACCGCCAAGUUUCCGUCAGCACUUCACUUCCUCGAGAAACUCGUCAGGUGGCGGACGUCAAAAUUCUCCCCUUAGAAGACAUAAUUCGCCGUUAAGACGACCGUCAUCCCCGCAUAAUUAUAGAGGAUCUCCACCACGACAAAGUAUGAUGUCCAGCAGACAAAAAUCACCGGCAUCUCGGCGUUACGCUGAUGAAUGGGAUAUACCUAGUAGAGGUGCUAUCACUGAAAGUGGGUGGUCAAGACAUUCAAAUCAAGAUAAGGAAAAAUCUUGGCAAGGUGUACAAAAUUCCUCGUCUAAUUGGAAUCAAAGCAGUGGUAAAUAUCGUUCAGAUAAUGACAAAUGGGACAAUAGCGGAGGAAGUUCUUGGAACAAUAAAAAUCAAAUGCUUUCCCAAAGUAAUUCUAAUAAUCGUUGGAAAAGCACGUCGAAUAACUCAAAUAGUGGGACGAAUUGGGACGUACAAAAAAAAGAAUCCUCAAUGCGAGAUAGUGGUAGGCAUGAGUCAAGACAGGAAUCAAGACACGAUUCAAGACACGAUACAAGACACGAAUCGAGACACGAAUCACGACAUGAGCCAAGAUGGGACCCACCAGAAAAAUCAUUUAGAAAUGAUAAAGAUGAUUGGGGUGAUUUGCCAGAAGAUGCUAGAGAUCCAUGGGGUGACGAUCAUCCAACAUCUUCGCAAAAAGAUAUACGCUGGAAUAGUCAAUCAAAUCAAUCGAGUCAACAAUCCACUUGGUCAAGAGAUAAGAUGAACGACAAUUGGAUCAGCAAGCAAAAUUUUCCUAUAAAUAAUUUGGAUGGUGGCGGUAAUGGCGGUAGUAGUGGCGGUGGCGGAGGCGGUAUGAACUCCAACGUUCAAAAUUCGAAUUUAAAUAUGAAAAAUAUGAAUAUGAACAUGGGUUUAAAUAAUGCAAAUAAACUUGUAUGGCAAAACACACCUCAACAGCAAAAUAAUAGAAAUUCAAACUGGAUAUCUCAGGGUAAUUGGCAAGGUGGCGGGGGCGGUGGCAGUAGCGGUGGCGGUAACGGAAGCAGCGGGGGAGGUGGAGGAAACAGCGGAUCAGUGGGAUUAGGAGGACUUUUAUUAGGAAACUCGUUAAAUAAUUGGCAGACACAACAACAGAAUUUUUCUAAUUUUCCUUCUAGACCAUUUAAUUCAUUCAUGAAUAAUAGACGUUGAGAUAUUAUAUAUAGCUCACUAAAUAAUUUCGAAUUGUAUUAAAACUUUUUACCAAGUAGCUAAGUGCUGGAGAGAAUUAAUUGUAUUCAUUUUAUUUUAUGAAUCUACAUUAGUUUGAGUAAUUAUCAUUACUGCGAUAAUUUAAAUGUAAGCUGGUUGAAUUUGU